CUGAAGCAGCCAUUCAGUUUCUUGCUGUGAAGUGGCAGCAGCCAGAGAGGGCACCGGGUGUGGACGUGAGGAGCUGAGAGCUUAGAACAAACGCGCACACUAGAGAUGUGGAAGUCUGUGGUGGGGCAUGAUGUAUCUGUUUCCGUGGAGACACAGGGUGACGACUGGGACACAGACCCUGACUUUGUGAAUGACAUCUCCGAGAAGGAGCAACGGUGGGGAGCCAAGACCAUCGAAGGCUCUGGACACAAAGAGCACAUCAACAUCCACCAGCUGAGGAGCAAAGUGUCGGAGGAACACGAUGUUCUCAAGAAGAAAGAGAUGGAAUCAGGGCCCAAAGCCUCCCAUGGCUAUGGAGGGCGGUUUGGAGUGGAAAGAGACCGAAUGGACAAGAGUGCUGUGGGCCACGAGUAUGUUGCAGAGGUAGAGAAACACUCUUCGCAGACUGAUGCUGCCAAAGGCUUUGGGGGAAAAUAUGGAGUUGAGAAGGACAGAGCAGAUAAAUCAGCUGUGGGCUUUGAUUACAAAGGAGAAGUGGAGAAGCACGCAUCUCAGAAAGAUUACUCUCGGGGCUUUGGUGGCCGUUAUGGAGUGGAGAAAGAUAAAAGGGACAAAGCAGCCUUGGGAUAUGACUACAAGGGAGAGACGGAGAAACACGAGUCCCAGAAAGAUUAUGCCAAAGGCUUUGGUGGCCAGUAUGGAAUCCAGAAGGACCGAGUGGAUAAGAGCGCUGUUGGCUUCAGUGAGAUGGAGGCCCCAACCACAGCUUAUAAGAAGACAACACCCACAGAGGCUGCUUCCAGUGGUGCCCGUGGGCUGAAGGCAAAAUUUGAGUCCAUGGCUGAGGAGAAGAGGAAGUGUGAAGAAGAGGAGAAGGCACAGCACAUGGCCAGGCAGCAACAGGAACGUAAGGCCGUGGUGAAGAUGCACCUUGAAGCUCAGCAGCCAGCAGCACCUGUAGAAGAGCAAGUGGUGCCAGCCCCAUUGCCCAAGAAAAUCUCCUCAGAGGCCUGGCCUCCAGCACAAAGUUAUGCACCACCAGAGCCUAAGCCUGUGAGAGCCAGCAGGGAACCAGUGCCCUCCCUGCCCACAAGGCAGGGUCCCCUGGAGGACAAUGAGGAGCCCCCAGCUCUGCCCCCUAGGGCUCCAGAAGACUUCCAAGUGGAGCAAGAGCCAGUGUAUGAAGCAGCACCUGAGCCUGAGCCCAAGCCUGAGCCUGAGCCUGAAAAUGACUAUGAGGAUGUUGAGGGGAUAGACAGGUGUGAUGAUGAGGCAGAAGGGGACUAUGAAGAUGUGCUGGAGCCUGAGGAUUCUUCUUUUCCUACCACCCAGGCUGGAUCAUCAGGCAGCCAGGCUGGGGCUCUGGGGAUCUCAGCUGUAGCCCUGUAUGAUUACCAAGGAGAGGGAAGUGAUGAGCUUUCUUUUGAUCCAGAUGACAUCAUCACUGACAUUGAGAUGGUGGAUGAGGGCUGGUGGCGGGGAUGUUGUCGUGGUCACUUUGGACUCUUCCCUGCAAAUUAUGUCAAGCUCCUCCAGUAACUGGCCCUCACUGUCUACUGCAACUAUGACUUCCUAUGUCCAUAGUGGCUGAGCCUCCACCCAAUCCCAUUCCUGCUGCAAGUGUCUGAUAGACACCAUGUGUUACCUGCAGUUCUGGGCAGACUUCCCUCUCCUGCUUUAUGAAGGGCUUUGGGUGGAGAUAGCAUGAGGAAAGGGGGUCUCCUUCCCCUCAGGGUCCUAUCAGGCAUGAGCUAGAGGACAUUUAUCUUGUGGUCCUGGUUCCUUCCCCAAGAAUGUCCCCAGUAACAUCCCAACUCUGGUGUCCUCCCUUGUGAGAACUAGGCUCCCCAGUUUGCCUAACUGGGAAGGUAGGUCUAGACUGUCUGGCUUUCCUGGUUGUGCUUUUAGCCCACUUCUCAUCCCUGCAGGUUAUCUCUGAACCUUCUCUCUGUUCAGCCCUAAUACUGGAAAUAAAGUAGGACAAUUGCUCACCUCUA